AGUUCGGUUGCACUGGACGUCGCUCAUCAACUUUUGCUAGUAAACGAACCUUGCGCAAAGCUAGUUAGCUUGCUACAUAACAUAAACAUUUAACGCUCAUUUGUCGUUGCGUAUUUGGCAUUUCUGCCCUCUGACAUCCAGACCGGGGCUUACAAUCAUCAACAAAUCAGCAAAUUCCAGAAGUGACGAGGAGACUCCAUUUUCGUAUGCGGCUGGUCGGGCUACCGGAAAGCUAGAUGCUGCUAGGCUAACUUUCCCUGCUAGGCGGACGGGAGUCAGAGCAAGCGGACGGCUUGCGAUAAAUUGUCUAUCUGACGAUACUUUCGUUGACUACAAAAGACUCCCAGCAUGCUGAUGGUGGGAGGCAAUGGACGGAUGCACUAGAAUGAGUGUGAAGGAGCUGUGUGAGACCGAUGACCUGGCCACCGGUUUGGUGCUGGACCCUCUGCUGGGCUUCAGCACUCACAAAAUGAACAUCAGUCCCCCACCAGAGAUCCGGCGAUGGGGUAACCUCAAAGAGACCCUGUUGCGCUUUCAGCGUACGCAUGACUUCAACGCCACGUUCGAGGCACUGACCGUGGGCGAGCUGGCCGGUGACUACUUUAAUGCUUUGGGGAGCCAUCGACAGGAGCUGCUGAGACAACAUGUGUAUCGCUACCUCAGUGCCUUCCUGUUGGAUAGCGGUGUCAAAAUAGAUUCCUGUGACAGAUACUCCUCAGAGACCAACGGAGCAAAGAUAACCUCAACAAGGCACUGGUUUGCAGGAGAGCGGGUGGAGGUCCUGCUGGGCUGCAUAGCAGAGCUGAGCCCCACCGACAGUGCCGUGCUGAGGGCAGGAGUCAAUGACUUCAGCGUGAUGUAUUCCACACGCAAACGCUGCGCUCAGCUCUGGCUCGGGCCAGCAGCUUUCAUUAACCAUGACUGCAAACCAAACUGCAAGUUUGUCCCUGGAGAGAAGAAUGUCGCAUGUGUUGAAGUGAUUCGACCCAUCUCACCUGGGGAGGAGAUCACGUGUUACUAUGGUGCCAGCUUUUUUGGCGAAGGCAAUGAAAUGUGUGAAUGCUGCACCUGCGAGAGGAAUGGAGAGGGUCACUUCAGACACAGAGGGAAGCAGCCUGAAUGUGAAGAAACAAAGGACCCUGUGGGCCAAAAGUACCGCUUGAGAGAGCGGUAUCUCCGUCAUCACAGAGAGAAGGGGCACUUUCCUACAAGGCCGAUAAUACCAGGAAUACACUCAGGUAUCUUUAAAGCCAUCCCCUCAAGGAAUUCCUUUACCCAGCAGAUGAGGAGAAAUGCCUUGAAGAACAGAAAACUGAGUCAGACAAAGAAGUGGAGACGAGAGAAGCACAGACGGUCAGGAAAGCACCCACUGAAAUCCUCCACAGUCAAACAGUGCCGGACAGUUCCACUUUUGUCCCAAGUUACACUGAGGGACCUCAGAAUCAGAGUACGGCGCCACUCAGUGGAUUUCUUACUCAACUGUAAGGAUCCAAAAAGCAAAGAAAGGGCCUUGCUGCAAGAACUGGAGGAAGUGAAGCCAAAAGUUAACAGGCUGAGUGAACUGAAUUCCACUGCUGAAGAAAACAACAGCAGUGAGGUCAACUUGAAGCCUUUCACUCUAAAUUCCUCCAUGCCGGUUCAUCAGAAAAGUAGACCUGCAGUAAAUAGCGCUGGUCUGAAUGGGAAGUCUGUCAAAGUCGUGGACAAACGGGUAGUCCACAUGAGGACCUCUUCACGAACAAGGAUCACGCUCGCACAUCAAACAGGGUCGAGUGACACAGCUAACACUAUAACUAUUUCUCCCCCUGUUGAGAUUGACAAAACCUGCAGUGCAGUAAAACAGGAGAAGAUUGAAAAAGCAAUCACAGAAAGUCAAAGCAACAAGUGCAGCAGCGUUGAAUCCUGCGUCAUCGCUACGGCUCAAAACCCAGCGGCUGAGCAAACGGUGCACGAGACCAUCAGAGCUCCAUCCCUGUUAGAAGUUUGUCAGAAUGUCACAGACGGAUCCAAGAAAGCUGGGGACAAUCCACUAAUAUCACUGAAGCAAUACCUUACGGUCAACUUAACAAGGUUAUCAGUGCCACAAAGUAUAGAAGUAGAAAAGAUGCCUGAAGACAGGAAAGCGAGAGUGGAGAUAAGAGGAAGGAGCAGGCAGAGCCAGUGUCCUAGACCAGCGACUUUGACAGUAGAGCCAGAAAAAAGAGUGUCCAGAUCUCAGCAGAGGCAGGGAGGAGGAUCAGUGAUCUACACAGCUGAAGGUAACAGAGGGGUGAGGGAAAUGUUUUUCAAGGCCAUCGAUAAAGUAAAUGUAAGGAAGAGACACGCAAGUGAAACUGUGGGUGUUUUAUGCCAUGGCGAGAAAAGGGGGAAUGACAAGGUUAUUGAAAUACAAACAGUGUCAGAUGAAGAAAAAGGUUGUUUAGAAAAGGAGCAGCAAGACAUUCUAAAAGGCAAAAUUGAAGGGGAGAAAGAAAACACAAAUGCUGCAUCUGCAGUUAUGGAAUGUAAAAGUAACAAAGCCCUUGAAAAAGUGAAAGAGUCUGAAUGUAAAAUAGUGUCCAGUGAAAAAACUACAGGACUAAAUAUCAUCCAGUGUGUUAAAAAUAAAGUCAAGCAUGCAUGUAAGGGGGAGGGAUUUGUUAACCUAUCGGAACAAAUGGCUAGGACUGCGAGUAAACAGCCAGUAAGUAGGCAUGGAGAAGAUAUUGUCAUAAAGCAGGCAAAGGUUCUGCUGUCUGAUAUUUUAAGAAAAGAUAAACCCUUAAUAGGUAAGAGAUUACAUGGAGAUAUUGUAGGAAAAGGUUUUUCUACCUCUGCCUCUAAAGAAACACAAAGUGCUGAGGAGGAAGCCGAACAGACUGAAAUAAAUGGAGGCAGGUACCAUCGUUCAGUGCAGAGGAGCAUUAUGAGAAGACGAAAGAUGAGGCCCAGAGCAGCAAAAACAAAAGCAGAAGGUAAGCAAAGCACCAAGGGACAUGUUAGCAAAGAAGUUCCAGCUCCAGUUAAGACAGUGUUGAGUGAGGAUAGUUCAUGUCUUCAGUUAACACAGAGGCAUAAUGACCCACUGGCCACCUGCCUCAGCCCACUACCUCAUAAGUCACUAAUUUCAGCUAUGAAAGCUACGAAUAAUGUGCAUCCAGACACCAAUCCACAGGCACACUUACAGUCCAACAUACCUCUGAAGAAACGUACAUUUCGCAGUUCUGUGGAAAUAGAAUCUGAACAAGGUUUGACUUCUGCUUCGGGUCAAGCUACUAAAGAAGCCACUGAGAUAAAUUCGUCUGCAGUGCCGAGGCAGGACUUCACCCUGUGUUCAGGGGAAAGUAGCAAAGUGAAAAGAGAUAGUAGAGGCAGAUUUAGAAGAACAGAAGUCCAGAAGUUAACCCCCAAAAGGAUCACGAAACAAAACUCCUUUACCAGAGUGCUUCGCUCCAGAGCUAAUGAAGUUCAGCGAGGCUGUUUAUCGAGGAAAGUCCGAAGGUGUAAACUGGAGAGGCAAGAUGAGGAUGACAUUGACAGAGCUCAGACACCAGAGAGUGAUAAGCUUGCAGAGGACAAACAAGCUGAGGAUCCUGCUGUAAUCAUAGAGCAUUGUGGUAAAAAUCCAACUCUAAAUAAAUUUCAAAAGAAAAAUGAGGUGGAAAUGUUAAUCCAACAAAGCGAUUUGGAGGAGACAAAGCCUGACCUUAAUUUUAAGAUUCGUUUGAAAAGGAGGAGAGGUAGAGUAUGGGAAAUGCAAAGUGCAGGAUUAGAAAAUAUGGCAUUAAAAACAGAAAAGGGAGAUGAGUUGGUGACAUGUGAUCCUUUUAAAGCCAUCAUGGAUUCUGUAUCAAUUUUAAACAUGGAGAUGGAGGCAGCACAGGCUCAUGUGCACGCCAGUAAGAAGUCAAAGAGCAGAUUGCAUCGUUUGAAAAGAAGAGGCGAGAGGCUGUGUGAAAGGCAAGCUACAAAUAUUUCAUCAGAGGCAAAAUCCGACAAAGACCAAGGCCUUAAAUAUGUUGAAAAUGCAUGUGAAACCAGUGAAUCUACCAAUGACAAAGUAGAUAUUAAAGAGAAGCUUGAUAGGGAGAUUUUGGUUGGAGUCAAGCAGCUGCCUGAAAAAAUGGAGUGUCAGAAAAAUGACAGGGAGCCUUUGUCACUUGUAGGCCAAGAAACAAAAAUUGAAGAUCGUUUUAUAAAGAAUUGCUGCCUGUUUGAAACUGGCUCACAACAUAAACAGGAGCCAGAAUUGGAUUCAAAUGGUCUUCUGUUACCAGUAAUUAAACUACGCAGAAAGACAGAGGAUAUUUGGGAGGUGGACAGCAAAGAGGAGCUCAUGCACGCUGAUCUUAAAUUAGAGCCCAAAGUUAAGAAAGAGAUGAAGGGUCACAUUUUAGGGAAACAAAAUAGAGGAUGUCUUGAGUUUAGCAAGCUCAAAGAAGAGUGUCCAUCCUCUCAGAGACUGAACAGCACCUCAGCCCUUCUGAAAACAGAACCUCCACAAUUUUCCUUGUCUCUGUCACCACUUUCUCUGUCUUCCCCUCUUAAUGACAAUAAAACUGAAAUUAUAUCCUCGGCUGCAGAUAGAAUCACUGAAAGGCUAGAGAUGAACAGUGGAGGAAGGAAACAAAGGCACAAAAUAGAGCGUACACGCAAGUGUGGGCCUGUAGAAGCACCCACCACUUGUCUUAGUCACACCCUCCAACAAAUUGACAACAGUCUGUCGAGGCUCUCCGAAGGCUUGUGUUCAUCUCAGACUUUGGAAAAGCCAACAAGUUCCAGUGCUUCUAAUUCUGUGAUCCAGCCCUCAUCCCAGUUUCCUCCAUUCACAAAUGCAGAUAACAUGCUUUCCAGUGAGCCCAGCUUCACAAACUGUUGCGAUGAUAUUCUUGACUUUCAGUGUCUCAACUUUGAAGGGUAUUAUCAGCCACAGAACAUGCUUCCAUCUUCUCCAUCAGAUCUGUGUUCACUGGAUCCCCCCACAGAUCCUUUCAGCAGUCCCCUCUCUCACAGCCCAUCUGAUACAUGGACAACUGAGACGCCGUACCUUGGCCCUCCCAGUCCAGGAAAUAACUUUACCAGUGAAGAUCUGCAGUUUUUUCCAGGUCUAAUUUCUUCCAAAAGUGACUCUGUUCCUCUGGAAUGUGAAGCGAAAGAUACCUCCAAAGACAGAAACCCACCCAACCCCAGUUUCAGUUUUUCAGCUCUCAGCAACUCUGACUUUAUUGCUAAAGAUCGAAGUAUAAGUAAAAAUCCAGCAAUGAGGCUGUCCAGAGAAGAUCUCAGAGCUCAGUCCUUGCCUGUAGUCGGCAAGCCUCGGUUGUUUGGUGCAACAUCAUCUUCUGGUACAUCUCAAAAUCCUGUCAGUUUAACCCAGCCCUCCAUCAACAUCAAGCCGAGCACCAGCCAGUCAAAAGCCCAGACUAACCUUAAAACCCAGGGCCCCUUCCAUCGUAUGACCAUUCCUAGUAAAUCUCAGCCUUUUUCAAGUAGUAGUCAGCCAAACACAGUUAGAGGAGUGUCCCAGAGUUGCUUGACAAAGUCCGUCCCAACAUCUCAAAUGUCUAACAAAUUCUUCUCUCCUCAGCUCUUCACUGUGAAAAGUCACAAUCCUCCAGACAAUCCAUUCAACUUCCAUGAGAAAACCUCUACAGUUAUUCACAGGGUGCUUAAGUUUCAGGGGGGGAAUCAGAGUCAGAACUUGUAUAGUGCACCUUGUAAAGACACAACGGCUGCUGGCAGCCCGACUGUCGCGUCCCGGACACUUGGUACAAAAUCACGUGCUAUUGAGAAGACACAGCAGAGUCAGAAACUUGGUGUUAAUAUAGACACUCAUCAUAAAGGAAACAUGUCUGUUCAAGGGUUUGGAAAAGAUGUCAGCCAUCUUGGUUCGUCCAGCAACCCCAACAGGUCCAGCCCUCAUUUCAACAAAGCCAACUCCUCUUUCCCUCAGUCUUUUAGUAAAAGUAAGAUGUCAUCUGAUAAACAUGACAGUGGAGAAACUAACAUGACAUACAAAAACUUUGCUGCGCUGCCAAGACCUUUCUUCUUUCCUAGCAAAGUGACUGAUGGUUAUUUAUCACCACAUGACAAGAGUUUGAAACAUGAUAAAUCCACUCCGUCAACCUCAGACAAACACCAGCCAUGUUACACUCAGCAAGACGCUUUUGAUUUCAGCUUUGGCUCGUCUCUUACGCCCAUGUCUCAGCACAGCAGCCCCCAAGUGGCCCACAGUACACCUCCUGGUACGCCAGCACCAGCACACAAGAGCCAGUCCACAACCUCCUCAGCCUCUUUCCCCUAUGGCUGUCAAGGUCCUCCUUACGUACUAAACUUCAGCGGAGAUCAUUCAUUGACCCUGGGUCUCAGGGAUGGUGCUGAUGGUUACCCAGGACUCGGCUCGACAAACUACACCUACCAUUGCCUGAUGGAACCUUCAGGCACACAGGGGCGGCUGGUUCUCGAGCCCUGUGGGCCCCAGCUUUCAAACCCAGCGUCUAUAUCCUUGGGUGGUUUUUCAGGGCUCAAAGGUCAGGAUGAACAUUGCAGGAAGGACAUGCAGCAACAGUGCCAGGCUGGGGAACACCAAGGGGCACCACACUAUGGACCUGUUACAACAUCUCACUCCAUGGGUGCCACAAAACCCAAGAGGGUGAGGUUAGUGGUGACAGACGGCACAGUAGACUUAGAUCUCCAGUACUCGGAUUGAUUUAUACCUGCCGGAAACACUGCAUAUAUUUGGACGUUGUUUUGCUCGAAGGGGAUUAUACAGUAUCUGCCACAAAAUGUUUUUGUAAACAUGUAAUUCAUAGUCUAAUAGUUAUUAAAGCCCACUGACUGAUUGACAUUUUUCUAAAUCAUUAUUUUGAUGGACUUUUAUUGUAUGAAUGGCUUGUACAGGGUUUUAUGUAAAGUGGGCGUAUCUGUGUUUUAGCUACUGUAUGAGUUUUUAAAAAUGAAAUAGCCACUACAAAUUUGCUGAGAAUACCAAAUUCAAGAAAACAAAGCAUUAGAUAUAUUUGUGACUAGGAGUUUGAACCUACAGGCCCUGUAAACAUUGAAAGCCCUCUUACUGUACUGUAACAUAGCUGUAUGAAUUUUUCUAUACCAUGUAUGGCAGUAGAGACAGAAGCACCAUCAUUGGUUGCUGGUACUUGUAUUGGUGGGUUUUAAAAAGGCAGCUUUGUGCCUCAGUCUUUGAUAUGUUCUUGUGACUUUUUGAAGCACCUGUUGAAACAGUCUACCUUCGUUUUUAUACUCACAGUAAGCUCUUUUCUCACUUUGUGUGUGUGUGUGUGUGUGUGUGUGUGUGUGUGUGUGUGUGUGUGUGUGUGUGUGUGUAACUCUGUGUGAGUGUGUGCAUGCAUUUGGCAGGCAGAUCUUUAGGGAUCAAAGUACGGUGUGUUGUCGUACCUGAUAGCGUGGCCGUUGCUCUGCCAGAUUUAAGUAAGAUCAUUAGUCAUUAGUGCAUAUAUGAGGCUUGUGCAUGAAUAGUGUACAGUAAAAUGAUUUCCAGACCUGAAUCAUUCUAUUAAAUAUUCUAGGAUAACUCUUCUGGGUGAAGAGCUGCAGUUGAUCACAGCUGCUUUGUUGAAAACCCGUGUGGAUGAGUGAGUGGGAGAAACUGCAAUAUGUUUUUUCAGGCCAGUUUUGCUUAAAGGAUUGAGGGAUAGUACAAUAUCAGAUCUUUGUAAUGGGAGUUCUACCGAUUGGAAGUUUAAAAGAAACAUUUAAAUAUUACCGUGUUACAUCCUAAAAAAGUGACAAUCUUCUCACAGAGUAACUCACUUUUGUCAUUUAUUUGGUCUUUUUUUUCCAGGGAAAGAACAGAAGGAAUAGUUGAACAUCACCUUCAAUGGUUAUUGAUGAUGGAGCUACACUUUCAUAGGUGUUUAUAUUGUAACCACAGUUACUCGCUGUCGAUUGUGGAAGACAUGUUAUCAUGUUAUGAUGUUCUAUAUGUUGAACCCAUUUGACAUCAUUGGGCAGGAGUGUUCAUUGUGACUGCACAGCCUUACAUUUCUACCAUGAAAACUUACUGUCUUGAUAUGGAAAGGCCAAUUAUUUAUUUUAAUAUCCUCAUUCUUGAAACGGUGCUUUAUUGUAAUUUAUAUUUCACAUUGAUUGUUCAAACUAUUAAAUGUUUUUUAUUAUUAUUUAACGGGACAAAAUACUGAACUGAAUAUUUACAUUGAGUAUUUAAUUUCAAAGCCUUUGACAUCCAGUUUUUUCAGUUGUUACUGGUAAAACUUUCUCUGUCUUUUUUUCUAAUUGGCAGUUAGUCUUACUGAAAGUCUGCUGUAGAAAUGUACAAAUGUAGCCUAUAUCAUUAAAGACACUUAAUUCUU